ACAGUUCAGGUUCUGUAUAGGCUUUCACCACCGAGCCCUGUGUCCACUCUACUUACACUCACUGCUUGUCCUCUGCCUCUCACUGCUGGGCACAAUGUUCCCACACCCACUCUCAUCCAUCAGCAUGGAAUUUAAGGAGGGAAUGUCUGAUAUCUUUGAGAACACAAGCUACUAUACCGACAUCCUCAAUGACAGGACGUUUACCUGCGAGAUGGACGACUCAGAUCAACUUUUAAAAGUCAAUCGUAUCGUCAUCCCUGUACUGUACAGCCUGGUGUUUAUGGUCGGCAUAGCAGGAAAUACACUGGUGGUCUUCAUCCUCAUGAGGCACCGCCGCCUGCGGUCCACCACUGACUACUUCCUCCUGCACCUGGCCGUAGCGGAUCUGCUGAUGCUUAUUACAUUCCCCUUUUCCGUGUCGGAGGCUGCGGUUGGGUGGCUCUUCGGAAAAUUCCUCUGCAAGGCGGUGUUGCUCAUCAGCCGUUUAAAUUUCUAUUGCAGCAGCAUUCUCCUGGGGUGCAUCAGUGUCGAUAGGUAUCUGUCUAUAAUCCACGCCAUCUACGUUUUCAGGAGACAGAGCGUUGCUGCAAUACAAAUCCCCUGCUUUGGUGUCUGGCUCUUCUGCUUCCUGCUUUCCCUGCCGAACUUAUUCAUCUUGGGGACCAACGAGCAAGAUAAUUACACCUGGUGUACCUACCACAAUAGCCACUUUCCCAGCAAUCAUUGGUGGCAAGCGGGGAGAAUUCUCAAUCACGUUGUGGGAUUUCUGUGCCCAUUGAUCCUCAUGAGUUUCUGCUAUGCCCACGUAAUAGCCGCCCUGUACAAGUCCCCCAGGCGGGAGAAAAAGAGGGCGGUACGAGUGGCCGUAGUGAUCACAGCAGUCUUCUUCAUCUGCUGGACCCCGUACAACGUGGUCGUGUUCCUGGACACUCUGAAUCAGCUGGGCUUAUUGCAGAGCUGCGCCGUUCAGUCACAAAUGCCCCUGGCAAUAGCUAUCUCGGAAUUACUGGGACACGUUCACUGCUGCCUGAAUCCCGUGCUCUAUGCGUUUGUGGGAGUGAAGUUCAGGAAUGAUGCGCUGAGAGUUCUAAAACACGCUGGUUGGCUGAAGUCACGGGAGCGGGGCAGUAUCUCCAUAGUAGCCAGGACCACAGAAUCGGAAAGUGGCACGGUCAUGUCUAGCUUCUAAGGGGGUUUAGACAAUACUGGACAGUUUACAGAUUACAAGUCUGAAAACAUGUAUACAAGUGUAAAUAACUGUAUUUUUAAGUGGGACAUUUAGCAAAGCUUGGCGAGAGAUAAAAUGGGAGAGAGAUAAAGUAGCAGCCAAUCUGCUCCUGUCAUGUUACAGGCUGUGUUGGAAAAAUGACAGGAGCUGAUUGAUUGGUUGGUACGUUAUCGCUCCCCAAGCUUUGAUAAAUACUCCCCACGCUGUUGUUAUCGGAACUCCCCAAAAAGAUACAUUUAUAUACCAUGGCGACAAGCAGUGAUAUUUGGGAGCAAUUUAUCAAAAUGUCUAUCCCAGUGAAGAGGCCGGCAGUAAAGUGAUGGAGUGAUGGCAAUCAACGUCAUCUUACUGAUGUGACACCUGAGCAUGCGUAUCAGCCAUUAGCUGGGGGGGGAUCAGAUCCUUCUCCAGUAAUAGGCCUCCAUAAUGAACAAAACUCUGCCUGUCAAUCAUUUGCAAAUAAGACUAUUGCGGCUCAUGUGCAUACGUAGACCAACGGUAAUCGCUGAACUGUGUAAACAUCUGCUUUACGUACAACUCUGACUCAGGCCUUUAGUCCAGUGGUCCCCAAAAUGGGUGCCUCGUAGCAUUUGCAGGAGGGCACUGGGCUGGUGGUACAGUGACAAUUCAAAUUAUUUAUAUAGUGGGCAAAACCAGUGCUGGUAGCUGCCAAUCAUAAAAUAUGUGGACAAAUAGAAGUGAAUCGUGUCCCUCAUCACAUAACUGACCCUAAAGGGCCCCAUACACUAGAACGAUAAUGCCCCGAUUUCAGCCCAAUUCGGGCCAAUAUAGUGGGUGAAAUCGGGCAUUUUCGUUGUGCUUUACACCCGAUCAGAUCCGAUGCGUGUUCCCGUGGGCACCGGAUCACCCUAGAUCCGACAUAUCACGAGUGCUGCACUCGUGAUAUGUCGGAUCCCGCAGGAAUGGCUGGGAUCGUAUAAGAUACAUCGUAUGCAAAAGGACCACAUACGAUGUAUCUUAUACUAUCCUGCCGCCCGGGAGGCUGAAGGGAAAUGUUAUACGACAUGACGGACCGUCAUGUCGUAUAAGUGUAUGGGGCCCUAAAAGAUGACAUAUAAACAAAAUGUACUUAAUAUUUUUUUCUGAAUUUCUGAAUAAGAAACUUUAGGCCUAGGGGAUGCCGUGAAAACCAUUCUGAUACUCUAGGGCGCCGCGAUUCAAAACAGUUUGGGAAACCCUGGCUUAGACCCUAUUGAGGAUAAUGGGGACUGCUCUCUGUAGAGUUACGUUUGCCCAACACAGGAGACCUCUGUGAUAUCUCCUGCGUUAGGCUCUUCUUGAAUAGGUCAGUUACUGAUGUCAUGUGGAAAUGGGCAACAUUUGCUGGAAAAAAAAGACCUGUUAAAUGUAAAAACGAUAAAAUGGCAAUAAAAGAUGAAGAAAUAAAAUGGCCACUGAAAAUUAUGUUGAAGUCACUUAUUAUAUAUACACUAUUUAAUAUCGACCAAGAAAUAUUUCAUUGAAAGUUUUAUCAUAUAGUCCUUGAUUUUUCAUUGUGCUUUUAGUAUUUUGUUUUCAUUAUAAUUCAGUGCUAUUGUUGUGUUGUUACAUAUGGUAGAGAAAUAUUACGAACAUGCUUACUAUACAGAUUAAUCUCAGCUGAAACGUGUAUAUUUUGCAUAUUGUUUUUUAACGCAACAAAAUGGAGAUCUAUAGAUGUCUCUAUACAGCCUAAUACAACUGUAUUCCGUUUACGUAAUAAGGCUUUUUUCUUGGCAAGUGUUGAGACUUUUUUUUUAAUACAAUAAAUUGACCACUGACGGUG